CUGACGAAGCCGAUCACAUCCGAUCUCCGACACAGUCUCGGCCUUGUUGCAGAGAGAGAGAGAGAGUAGGCAUGGAGAGCCCGCCGGGGAGCGAGAGGUCGAGCCCGGAGGCGGAGAUCGGGUACCGGCUGGAGGACCUGUGGGACGUCCAGGAGCCGCUGCUCAGCCCCUCCGAGAAGCUCAAUUCUUGCUUCGAGGGCGUCCUAGUGUCCUCCUUCCCCCAGGCCCCUCCCUCCCAAGUAAUUGAGAUACCUUCAGACUCCAGCUUGGCUGAUACUGUCGAAAUUCUAUCCAAACACAAGAUCUUGAGUGCACCUGUGAGGAAUGUGGAUGCACCAGAAGAUGCCAGUUGGAUUGACAGAUACAUUGGCAUUGUAGAAUUUGCUGGAAUUGUUGUGUGGCUCCUACAUCAGUCUGAAGUUGCUGCUCUUGGCAUGAUGGCUGGUUCUGCUGUAGCAGGAUUAGCAGCGACACUUGGUGCUGUUACGUUGGAAACAACUGCAUCUGGAAUAGGUGGCGGUGAUGUUGCUUCAGCAGCUGCCAGUGCUGGUGCUGCUGCUGCCGACCCUGCAAAAUCAGGCCUCGAAACAGCUGCUUCAAUGGGCGGAAGCUUUUUUGAAACUCUUACGUCAUCAGAUUUUUAUAAGAAUACAAAGGUUCGCGACAUCUCAGGGUCCUUCCGCUGGGCACCAUUUCUUGCAUUGCAGACGUCUGACUCACUCCUAACCAUGUUGUUGCUACUAUCCAAGUACCGAAUGAAGAGCCUUCCUGUGGUUGAUCUGGGUGAAGGAAGGAUUGAGAACAUCAUCACACAGUCUGCAGUCGUUCACAUGUUGGCAGAAUGUGUUGGACUUCAUUGGUUUGAAAAUUGGGGAACCAAGAAACUUUAUGAGCUCGGCCUCCCUAUUAUGAAGCCUGAUAGGCUUAUCAAGGUGAAUGAGGAAGAACCAGUCCUAAAGGCAUUCCAAUUAAUGCGUAAAAAAGGAAUUGGUGGACUUCCAGUUGUUGAUGGAAGCGGGAAAAAGGCUACAGGAAAUAUAAGCAUUAGAGAUGUUCAAUAUCUUUUAACAGCCCCUGAGAUAUACAAAGAUUACAGGUCCUUCACAGCUAAGAACUUCCUUGCUUCUGUGCGAAAUUAUUUGGAUGAGCAUCAAGAAGCAUCAGCUAUGUUGCGAGGUGUGAUCACUUGCAAAAGAGAUGACACUCUUAAAGACAUAAUUCUGUCAUUGGACUCUGAGAAGAUACACCGAAUCUAUGUCGUUGAUGAGGAGGAGAAUUUGGAGGGGGUGAUCACACUUAGAGACAUAAUCUCCAAAUUGGUCCAUGAACCACAUAAUUACUUUGGAGACUUCUUCGAUGGUGUUGUUCCAUUGCCUCAGAAUAGCAGGGUUUGAGAGCUAACCAAACUUGCUGAAUUCCGAACUCUGACUUGUGUCACACCGUUGUAAACUGCUCGUUGCUCAUGUCGUGAUGUACUUCCAUUUGCUGGUGUGUUGUGUUUACCAUGUGUAAAUCCUUUGUUGUUUCCUUCAUUUCAGCUCACUCUUUAUGUUGUUAGCUAUCCUUUCUUACUGGGUUGUGAUUGGCUUGAAAUCCCAGCUGCCGGCUCAUGAAGGUAACAUCAUGGAUGCUUCAUUUCAAACCUUAGAAAAUUUAUUCUGUGCAGCUUCAAAAACUGUAUGAUAAGUGAUGAAGUUGCACCUUUUCGGUGAUC